AUGUCGCAUCUCCAGUACUACACCUACCCAGGCUUCGGCGAAUUCGUAAAGGAGCACACACAUUACAACCAAGCAGUACGAGUAGGAGAUGUGGUCGAGGUAGCCGGGCAAGGCGGCUGGGACCGUGAGACCCGCGAGGUCGAGCCAGACCUGAUCAAGCAGAUCGACCGGGCCUUCGACAACGUCGAGCACACGCUCUCGCUGGCCGGCGCCGGCUGGAAGGACGUCUACGCCGUGAAGCUGUACCACACCACCGACGUCACCGACGAGGCCGUCGGGCACUUUGUCGACAACAUGCGGAAAUACAUGCCCGGCCACCAGCCCAUCCUGAGCGGCAUCGGCGUCGCGAGCCUCGCGUUCGGGAUGAAAGUCGAGAUCGAGGUCAGGGCUCAUGCGCCGCAGGCGAAGUAG